AAAAUCUCAGAGUCGCAGGCCUGAAGGCUGAAACUUGAAAGUAUUAAAGGAGCUGCUCAGUAAGGAGCACAGGGCGGGCCACCUGGGGCAACGGGGAGCACAAAUUGGAAUAGCGCCUUCCUUCUCUGCACCACCGGGGUGGAUUUGUUGGGGAAGAAGUGGAACGUGCAAAGGCUUGUGUUCGGAGAGGGGGUUUGCAAUGAGUACUCUUGUAGAGACCGUUACGGAGGAGCCCACUUUGGCUCUUGCACACCACCUCGCAGAUCUCUCUCGGAAGCCAGAGGAGCAGAGCGCUUUGGUUGACAAUCCAGAGGCUACCAGGUUCAUUGGGCGGACUGAGUCGCUAUUCUCAGAAGAGAACUGGGUGGAGCUUGUGGCCCAUCUGCUGGGCGCCACCGAUGCUCUGUUUGAGAAGGAGUUGAGCGACAAGGAUGUCGAGGGCGCCUUCACCAUCAUCGCCAAUCUGGUCUCCAAGUCCUCCAGCCGGCAAGACCAGCUCUCCUCUGCAGAGGCCAUCGCCGCCAAACUCUCAGCGAAACCCACCGACCGCCCUGCCCUCCGCCUCAGACUCCUGUUCUUUGUGUACAACCAGCUGAAGCACCCGUACGGGCGGUAUGCGGUCUACGUCAAGGCCCUCGAGGUGGCGCGGGAUGGCAAGGCGCCGGAGCAGGUGAUCCCCACGCUGCGGAAGCUCGACGCGCUGAUCAAGGAGUGGGCCAUCGGGGGCAAGGAGCAGCGCGGCCUCUUCCUGCUGGCUACCCAAAUCCUGCGGGAGGGCAAGACCAAGGACUCAAAAAAGGACGCCUUUGCCUUCCUCGUCAAGUACCUGGCCACAUUCAGCAAGGACGAGGCAAGUGCGCCGGAGGCAAAGGAAGGGGCGAUCAGGGCAGCCGUCGACUACAUCAAAACGCCUGACGCUUUCCAGUCUGACCUGUUGGACCUGGCUCCCGUCCAAGCCCUGGAGACCGACACGGAGCACGCGCCCGUGUACGAGCUGCUGACCAUCUUUCUGCUCAAGACGGUGGAGGCAUACAUCGGGUGGGAGAAGAAGCACGGGGCGCUCCUGCAAAAGCUCGGUCUGUCGCACGAGGACAACCUGACAAAGAGUCGGCUGCUGUCUCUGUCUGCGCUGGGCGCUCAAACGUCGUCUGGGGAGAUCUCGUACAAGCAAGUAGAAGAAACGCUGCUGAUCGAGGAAGACGAUGUGGAGCUUUGGAUUGUGCGGGCGAUCGCUGCAAAGGUCCUGGAGGCGAAAUUGGAUCAACUGCGACAGGUGGUGGUGAUCAAUAGAACAACACAGCGCGUCUUUGGGCCUCCGCAAUGGAAGGAGCUGCAGACGCGACUAGCAAGCUGGCAGCAAAACCUUGAGCAUGUGUCGGCUGUGCUGCACCGAGCAAGGGCGUCGGGACAAGUCAUUCCCAACGGCGUCCAAGAAGCAGUCCAUUAAACGUAGUCUGCUUGAACACACACCGGAAGCUUAUCAAUCAUUCAAGUCCGAUUUUUGGCUUGCUUUCGUGAUUUUCACAUUGAUCCACCUCAGGCGGCUGCAGCCUGAUGAGCUCAGAAUCUUUUGUUACCACGUCUUUGUGACAACAUUGCAAUCUGCUAGUCAAAGGCCCGGACCAUGUGCC